AUGGUGGAGAGAGAGAGAGAGAGAGAGAGAGAGAGAGAGAGAGAGAGAGAGAGAGAGAGAGAGAGAGAGAGAGAGGAGAGAGAGAGAGAGAGAGAGAGAGAGAGAGAGAGAGAGAGAGAGAGAGAGAGAGAGAGAGAGAGAGAGAGAGAGAGAGAGAGAGAGAGAGAGAGAGAGAGAGAGAGAGAGAGAGAGAGAGAGAGAGAGAGAGAGAGAGAGAGAGAGAGAGAGAGAGAGAGAGAGAGAGAGAGAGAGAGAGAGAGAGAGAGAGAGAGAGAGAGAGAGAGAGAGAGAGAGAGAGAGAGAGAGAGAGAGAGAGAGAGAGAGAGAGAGAGAGAGAGAGAGAGAGAGAGAGAGAGAGAGAGAGAGAGAGAGAGAGAGAGAGAGAGAGAGAGAGAGAGAGAGAGAGAGAGAGAGAGAGAGAGAGAGGAGAGAGAGAGAGAGAGAGAGAGAGAGAGAGAGAGAGAGAGAGAGAGAGAGAGAGAGAGAGAGAGAGAGAGAGAGAGAGAGAGAGAGAGAGAGAGAGAGAGAGAGAGAGAGAGAGAGAGAGAGAGAGAGAGAGAGAGAGAGAGAGAGAGAGAGAGAGAAGAGAGAGAGAGAGAGAGAGAGAGAGAGAGAGAGAGAGAGAGAGAGAGAGAGAGAGAGAGAGAGAGAGAGAGAGAGAGAGAGAGAGAGAGAGAGAGAGAGAGAGAGAGAGAGGAGAGAGAGAGAGAGAGAGAGAGAGAGAGAGAGAGAGAGAGAGAGAGAGAGAGAGAGAGAGAGAAGAGAGAGAGAGAGAGAGAGAAGAGAGAGAGAGAGAGAGAGAGAGAGAGAGAGAGUGGAAGAAGAGAGGAGAGAGAGAGAGAGAGAGAGAGAGAGAGAGAGAGAGAGAGAGAGAGAGAGGAGAGAGAGAGAGAGAGAGAGGAGAGAGAGAGAGAGAGAGAGAGAGAGAGAGAGAGAGAGAGAGAGAGAGAGAGAGAGAGAGAGAGAGAGAGAGAGAGAGAGAGAGAGAGAGAGAGAGAGAGAGAGAGAGAGAGAGAAGGGCUGGAGGGCAAGAGGGUCACUCAGAACGACCAGAACAACUAA